UCGUAAUACUUUGGGGCGUUAUCCCUUAUAAAUACUCCCUCUGUUCCUAAAAGAUCUAUGUUUUGGAAAAAUAUUUUGUUUUAAAAAGAUGUAUAUUUUAUGUUUUCUAUGAGAAAAUUGCAAACUUUAAGAAAAUUAAUUGAUUUUAUUAGAUUACUAUUAGCUAAAAGUUGUUGAAAGUUGAAAAUUACAGAAAACGAUAAAUUUACUAUAGUGAUUUAAUGCAUUUUCUUAAUAUGUAUGAAAACACUAAAAAGUCUAUCUUUUAGAAAUGGAGGGAGUAUUGUCUAGGUUUGAUUGUUGAUCUUAUUGAUGUGAUGAAUUGUUAGAUCAAGUUGUUGACUUGUGUUGAAAUUAUGGAAAACAACUAGUUGUGUAAGGUUGUUAAAUGGUAAACCAGUUGUGUGUUGAGAAAGAAUGAGAUGAUAGAUGUGUGAUAAGAAUUACAAUAAUAUUAUUUGAGAAGUCAAUUUUUUAGAUAUCACAUUCACAUUAAUUCUUACGAUGGUUAAUUACAUAGAUACACUUAACAAGUUAAAAUAUUAUAUCUAAUUACCAUUAUUAAAAACUAUGUAAUAACUUAUGCCAAUUAAAUUUUUAUUUUUAUAUUUUUCCAAAUAAAAUAAAAUUAAAUAGUUUUAUUUAAUAAAAAGGAAAUAGUCAUAUAAUAAAAAAAUAUAUUUACAAAAAUGAAAGAAAAUAUAUUUUAUAUAAUGUGAUUUCGUAAAAAGAAAAGUUCACAUAAAAUAGUUUUGAUGUUAAAAAUAUAAUCAUCACUUUAAAACACAAUAUUAAAAAAAAUUGAAAUUAAUAAAAUAUUUUAUUUAUAUCAAUCUAUUUUCUCAGAUUUGAAAAAGUCAAUUAAAAUAAAAUAUCAUUGCUUAACUAUAAAUAUUUUAUAAUUGCUACUAUUGAAAUGUUUAUUCAUUUUUCAUAAUUUUUUUUAUUUUUUUUUUAUUUACAUUUUCAAUAUAAAUUUUAUCAAACUACAUAACUAAAUAUAUACAAACUUUAUCCAAUCCUAAUCUACCACUAAAACUGUUUGAAGGCUUCGUAUUUUUAUUUUGGUUUUUAAAAUUUUAUAUAUUUAUACAACAUAAUUUACCUAUAAUAAAAUACAUAAACCAAUAUGAAUUUUAUGGUUAAGAUUAUUUAAAAUAUUUUUUAAAUUUAUAUAUUAUUAUUCUAAAGUAUAAAAUUAUUUAGAAUUUACAACAAAAAAAACAUUUUAUAAAUAUUAAUAUAUGUUCAUAAGUUUUCAAAAUAAUAUCAGUAAUGUUUGUUAUAAAACAUCAUACUUAUCCUCAUUUCAGUUUUUCUUCUAUUUUUACAAAUCCACAAAUAUCAAUUAUAUAAAAUAAUUUACGAAAUUAUAUAUAUAUAUAUAUACAUACAUAUUUACGAUAAAAACUGAACUAGUGAAAUAAAUAAAAUUAAUCAAAUUUAGUUUAUAACUAGAAUCAAAAGUAAUGGUGCUUUCAUUUGAAGAAAUGUGUUUAACACAAUAUAACCUACAAAAUGAGUAAUUUAAACAAUCUAAAUUUUUAUGCACAAAUCAAAAGUCUAAAUGCAAAAAAAAAAAAAAAUUAAUUAAUCAAAAUUUAAAGCUAUUUCAGUACAAAAAUAAUAUUAUGGUUAAAGUUAGAGAAGUAAAUACGAUACAAUAUACCCAAAAAAUAAUCAAAUCGAUUAGAUAUUAUAUAUUUAAUUACAUAUCUAGAUAAAAUAAUAUAAUAUUAUUUAAAAUAAAUCAUACAUAUAAAUUACAAAAUAAUAAAAAUUAAAAAUUAGAUUAUGAAUUAUUUUAUAAUUUAUUUAUGAUGUAAGUAAGUGCAUGAUUUAUGUUUAAAUUGCGGGUUCAAAAGUAUUAAACCAAAUCUAGUUUUUUCUUCAUCUGAAUUCCUAAUUUUGACUUAAUCAAUAUCAUUAAAACAAUGUUUGAAUGCUGUGCCCAUGCAAACGACAGUCUGCAAUGAGCUAUAUGGUUUAUGAAUAGAACGCAUCAAUUCGCCACUUAAGCGGUGAUGCAGAAGAAGUACAUAAAUAGCUAUAUUUUUUUUGUUUAAUUUCUUUUGCAUGUUCCGUGACCAGUUCUGUAUUUCUCUACUGAUUAUUCGAUCCAUCAGUUUGUAUCUGACUUUCUCUGUAAAUAUUAUCAACAAAAAAAAAAGGUUUGCUCAGACGAUGGAAAGCGGUUUCUCGUUGGCGGAGAGAGAAGAAGUAGAAGAUAACAAAAAUGAGAAAUCUGCAGGGACAAUGAUGAAGAAAGUGAGUUACAUGGCUGCUCCAAUGGUGGCAGUUUAUCUUUCUCAGUAUCUCCUUCAAGUUAUCUCCAUGAUUAUGGCCGGUCACUUGGACGAGCUCUCUCUCUCCAGCGUCGCUAUUGCCACUUCUCUUACCAACGUCACUGGCUUCAGCCUCCUCGUAGGAUUUUCAGGUGCUUUAGAGACAUUGUGUGGUCAAGCUUUUGGAGCAGAGCAGUUUAGAAAGAUUGGUUCAUACACUUACAGCUCAAUGAUAUGUCUUGUCUUGAUUUGUUUCCCAAUCUCUCUUCUUUGGGUUUACAUGGACAAACUCUUGGAGCUUUUCCACCAAGAUCCUCUCAUCUCUGAGUUAGCUUGUAGAUACUCCAUCUGGCUCAUACCGGCUUUAUUCGGAUGCGCUCUUCUUCAGCCUAUGACUCGCUAUUUCCAGUCACAAGGAUUGGUUCUUCCUCUCUUCUUGAGCUCUUUCGGAACUCUCUGUUUUCACAUUCCCCUUUGUUGGCUUCUUGUCUAUAAACUGAGAUUUGGAAUCGUCGGCGCCGCUUUGUCCAUCGGUUUUUCGCUUUGGUUAAACGUAGCUUUGCUCUGGGUUUUUAUGAGAGACUCUGCUCUGUAUCGCGAAACUAGUAAUCUUCAGGUGGAAGAAAUCUUCUCGAGCAUGAAGCAGUUCAUCUCUCUUGCGAUUCCCACUGCAAUGAUGACUUGCCUAGAAUGGUGGUCAUUUGAGCUUCUGUUACUAUUGUCUGGACUCUUACCCAACUCAAAACUUGAAACAUCGGUGAUGUCCAUAUGCCUCACAACUUCACUUCUGCAUUAUGUUUUCGUGGAUGCAAUAGGUGCAGCCGCAAGCACACAUGUCUCAAACGAGCUAGGAGCUGGAAACCCUAAGGCAGCUCGAGCAGCGGCUAAUGCUGCACUUUACCUUGGCGCUUUUGAUGCUUCCUUUGUAUGCAUCACUCUUUACAGUUAUCGAAAACAAUGGGCCUAUAUCUUUAGCAAUGAGGAAGAGGUCGCUAACUAUGCAACAGAAAUAACACCGAUUCUCUGCCUAUCAAUUUUUGUCUGCAGCUUUACCUCCGUGCUCUCAGGGAUUGCUAGAGGAGUAGGGUGGCAAAGUAUAGCAGGAUAUGCAAGCAUAGGAUCAUAUUAUCUAGUUGGUAUACCGGUUGGUUCAAUCUUAUGUUUUGUUGCGAAAUUGAGAGGAAGAGGACUUUGGAUUGGUAUUUUGAUAGGCUGCUUUGUCCAAACGAUGGUUCUUGCUAAUGUCACUUUUUUCACCAAUUGGGAGCAAGAGGCAACAAAGGUGAGAGACAGAGUACUGGAGAUGACACCAAAAGGAAAUGACGAAACAGAAGUCAUAAAAGAGGAUGCGCAAGUUUUACUAAGUGACAUUUCAGAAAAUGUGUAACCCCAUUUGCAUUUGUUUCUAGUUCACAGAAGCAUUUGUUUAUGAAUCAAAUUAGAAUAUGUUUCUUCAACUGACUAUCGACAAGAGAUUAAAUGAUAAACUGGAAUCUGGGACAAUAAACAUAAAGGAGUGUUAGACAACUUCGGCUCA